AAGAACAACUUGGGGAUUUCGGUGCAAGCCUCAAACUUACCUGUGAGGACGGAGGACGACUUGUCGGGUCAGCAUGGCAUCUCUCAUGAACUCUGCGUGCCUCCUCUUCUUGCCUGUUGCUCUGCUACUGAGAUCAACUGAAGGAUCCGGUGACUACUCCCUGUGAACACAGCUACUGCAUGAACUGUAUUAAAAGCUUCUGGGAUGAAGAGGAUGAGAAGAAAAUCUACAGCUGCCCUCUUUGUAGGAAGACUUUCGCACCGAGGCCUAACCUGCUGAAAAACACAACAUUAGCAGUGUUAGUGGACAUACUGAGGGAGACUGGACUCCAAGCUGCUCCUGCUGAUCUCCGUUAUGCUGGACCUAAAGAUAUGGCCUGGGAUGCCUGUGCGGGGAGAAAAAUGAAAGCUCUCACACCCUGUCUGUCGGCCUCUUACUGUGAGAAACACCUCCAGCCUCAUUAUGACUCAGCUCCAUUAAAUCAACACAAGCUGGUGGAGCCCUCUAUGAAGCUCCCAGAGAACAUCUGCUCUCGUCACGAUGAGGUGAUGACGAUGUUCUGCCGUACGGAUCAGCAGUGUAUCUGUCAUCUCUGCCCUGUGGAGGGACAUAAGGGCCACGACACAGUCUCAGCUGCAGCAGAGAGGACUGAGAGGCAGAGAGAGGUGGAGGUGAGUCGACAAAACAUCCAGCAGAGAAUCCAGGACAGAGAGAAAGAUGUGAAGCUGCUCCAGCAGGAGGUGGAGGCUAUCAAUCGCUCUGCUGAUAAAACAGUGGAGGACAGUGACAAGCUCUUCACUGAGCUGAUCCGUCUCAUGGAGGAAAGACGCUCUGAUGUGGAGCAGCAGCUCAGAUCACAGCAGAAGACUGAAGUAAGUCGAGUCAAAGAGCUUCAGGAGAAGCUGGAGCAGGAGAUCACUGACCUGAAGAGGAAAGACGCUGAGCUAAGGGAGCUUUCACACACAGAGGAUCUCAACCAGUUUCUACACAGCUACCCCUCCCUGUCACCACUCAGUGAAUCUACACACUCAUCCAACAUCAACAUCCGUCCUCUGCACUACUUCGAGGAUGUGACAGCGGCUUUGUCAGAAGUCAGAGAUAAACUGCAGGAAGUCUUGAGUGAGAAAUGGACAAACAUCUCACUGACUGUGACUGAAAUGGAUGUUUUACUGCCACAGCCAGAGCCCAAGACCAGAGCCGGAUUCUUAAAGUAUUCAUGUGAAAUCACGCUGGAUCCAAACACAGCAUACACACGUCUGUUAUUAUCUGAGGGGAACAGAAAAGCAGCAAAAACGAGUGAAGCACAGCCUUAUUCUAGUCACCCAGACAGAUUCACUAAAUAUUGUCAGGUCCUGAGCAAAGAGAGUCUGACUGGACGUUGUUACUGGGAGGUGGAGUGGAGCGGGGGAGGAGUUUGUGUAGCAGUCGCAUACAAGAAUAUCGGCAGAGCAGGGGGCUCGAAUGAAUGUCGUUUUGGAUACAAUGACAAGUCUUGGGCGUUAUAUUGCAACAAUAACAGUUAUAACUUUUGGUACAACAACGUCCACACUCGUGUCUCAGGCCCUCAGUCCUCCAGAGUAGGAGUGUACCUGGAUCACAGUGCAGGUACUCUGUCCUUCUACAGUGUCUCUGAAACCAUGACACUCCUCCACAGAGUCCAGACCUCUUUCACUCAGCCUCUCUAUGCUUGACUUUGGGUUGAAUUCUGGUUUGGACUUUCCUCUGGCGUCACUGCCCAGUUGUGUAACCUCAAUUAGACAGAAGUCAUUAAAGGGACAGCGGGUUCAAUUCUGUGUUAAGCUCUUAUUUUGUCUUCAUGUUUGUUGUUAACAACUAAUUGUUUUGUUUUUUUCUGCACUGCACAGAGAUCAGCUGUCAAUCAAACAUUAUGGGUGGUACUUUGACAUCUUUUUCAUGAGUUGCUGGCCCCUGAGCACAGAUAUGCAAAAGGCCCAAUCACCUCUUCUACAUUAGAGCAAGAUACAUAGACUUUGUGGUAGUUUUUUGGCUCUUUGUAGUCAUUAUGCAUCUUUUUGUCGGUUUGUUUGUCUUUGAGGUAAUUUUGCGUCCCUGUGGUCGUUUUGUGCUGCUGUGUAGUCAUUUGGUAUCUCCUUUCGGCGGUUUUGUGUCUCUUGGAGGUUAUUUUCUGUCUCUCUGUGGUUGUUUUACCUGUUUUUGUAGUUGUGUUUCUCUGGCACCUGACACUUUUGGCCUCUGGGCCUGUGCCUGAAAGCCUUGUUAAGUGAUCCAACCAUGCUUCCUGUACAACCCAAUUGCCAGAAUAAAUGUUGGUCUUGCACCUCCGUACAAACUACAUGUUGUCAAAUUUGUAUGUUUCAUAUGUAGCAGAUAUGUUAAAACUUAAUGUCUGUUAAUGUUUAAAUUUGUAAUUUUAUGUUGUGACAGUGUGGGUAACAUGUGGUUAGGGUUAGGUACAAAAACUCAGCUCAUAAACAUGUGUUUAGAAUUAUGCUACUUUCGAAAUGUUGAUAUUAGCUAUGUAUGAAACAUAGAAAUGUAACAUAUCCGUGGUUUGCAGAGAUGGACAAUAUUGUUUUUCUCUAGUGACAGGGCUGUCCUUGUCUUGUCUGUGUAGCCAUGAAGGCUAUCACUGCUUAUGAUGGUGUUGUUUUCCUGAACUGACUUUUUUCUGAACUCUUAGUGCUUGAAAUGUUUGUUGAAUAUUAGCAUUGAUGUGUUUGUAUGUUCUUGUUUCUCAUCCUACACACUUUGUUCUCCAUGUGUACAUUUAUUAAGAGAUCUAUAUUCAUGUUUGGCAGAAGAAAGGUUGUUAUGAGAUGUUAUAGAACUGCCAUUAUCUUGAUCAUAAUCAAUAAGGAGAACAUUCAUUUUUUGUUUUACAUAGCUGUGGGUGAAGGGAAUCUGUACAUGAAAUCCUUGAGUCAUUGGACAGACUUUACUGAUGGAAUGUGUGAACAUGUGUGAAGCUUG